GAAAUCAAUGGCGUUGGCAGAAGCAGCCAUGAUCUCCUCGACGAUCUUGCUCCUCCUCGUGUUCUACUUCUACGUGGCGUACAGAAUAUCGAAGAACCGGCCGGUGCCGCCGAUAGAGUGGCCGAUCAUCCGCAUGCUCCCUUCCGUCGUCGCCAAUCUGAGCAAAAUGCACGACUACGCCGCCGCGCUGCUGCUCUCCGAGCUCGGGAACACCCUCACGGCGCGCGGCCCGGCGUCGAGCGGCAUGCGGCUCGUCAUCACGUGCGACCCGGCGAAUGUCCGCCACAUCCUCGCCUCGUCCAGCCAUGGCAACUACCCCAAGGGCCCCGAGUUCGCCGAGAUCUUCGACGUCUUCGGCGGCGGCUUCUUCACCGUCGACGGCGAGCGGUGGCGGCGGGAGCGUGCGAAGAUCGACGGCUUCAUAAGGGAGCCGCGGCUGGUCGCGUCCAUGGCGUCGAGCUGCCGCGACAAGGUGAGGGACUGCCUCCUGCCCCUGCUGGCGAGCGCGGCGGGCGCGGGGAGGCCGGUGGAGAUGCGGGACGUGGCCAGCAGGCUCAUGUUCGACGUGACGGCCAUGGGGGUGUUCGGCGUCGACCCUGGCUACCUGCCGGUGUCCGGCGGCCCGCCGGAGAUGCCGCCCGCGCACGCCGCGGCGGCGAUAGACACGGUCAUGGAGGUGGCCGUGUUCCGUCACGUCGUGCCGGCGUCUUGGUGGAAGGCCAUGAGGAGGCUCAACGUCGGCCCGGAGCGGAGGCUCGCCGCGGCACACGCGGUGCUCCUUGGCUUCGCCUCGGAGAUGAUGGAGACGAGGAAGAAGAAGGCAACCACGACGACGACCCACAGCGACGCCAUGGACAUCACCUCGUACUACCUCAGUGACCCUGACCACUACAACGCCGACCAAAACCUGCUGCGCGCGAUGCUCGUCAACUUCAUGAUCGCCGGGCGCGACACGAUCGGCACGGUCUUGCCGUGGUUCUUCUACAGCCUCGCCACGAACCAGCACGUCGUUGCCGGCAUCCGCCAAGAACUGGCACCCAUUGCCGCCGCCGCCGCCGCCGCUUCACGCUCACGCGGCAAUGACGCCGGAGCGGCGGUGAUGUUCGAGCCGGACGACACCAAGCCCCUCGUCUACCUGCAGGCCGCGCUGCUGGAGGCGCUCAGGCUGUACCCGCCGGUGGCCAUGGAACGCAAGACGGUGGCCGCCGCCGACGUGCUGCCGAGCGGGCACAGGGUGUGGGCCGGCGACGCCAUCCUCGUCCACCUCUACUCCAUGGGCAGGAUGGAGAGCGUGUGGGGGGAGGACUGCCGGGAGUACCGGCCGGACAGGUGGCUCACCGGCGACGGCGGCCAGCAGAAGCUGCGGCACGUGCCGUCCCACAAUUUCCCGGCCUUCAACGCCGGGCCGAGGAUGUGUCCCGGCAAGAGCAUCGCCAUGACGGAGAUGAAGACCGUGGCGGCGGCCGUGGUGUGGAACUUCGACGUGGAGGUGGCGGUGGAAGGGCAGGCCGUGGAGCCGACGAUGUCGGCGACGUUGCGGAUGAAGAAUGGGCUGAUGCUCAAGGUCAAGAAGCGUACGUACGUGGAUGCACCAGUAUAGUAUUAUACACAUAAAGGUGCAACAUGUUAGACUCAUUAUAGUAUUAUACACAUUAUGUGCUGGUGUCUUCAAACUAAAUACUCCAAAAGUUUUAAAAAUUCAAUAUUGCCUAGA